AACAAUAAACAAAAGAAGUUUCUAUUUUCUUUCUAUUAUAUAUAGAAGGCUAUGUACAUUCAUAAGAUAUUCACAUCCUCCUAUAACUUGUGUUUGUGUGAUAUUGAAACUUCCUAACUUAGAAAUCAUGAAUUCUAAACAACAAACACAAGAAAAAUGGAAGGGCAUAGCCAAAACAGAAUUACUAGGAUGCAAAACAGAACAAGUAUGGCCACUUUUAGAGGAUUUUUUUGGCCUUGACAAAUGGUUUCCAACUCUCUCAUGCAUUCCUCUUGAAGGAAUAUCUGGCAAACCCGGUUGCGUUCGAUUUUGUGGCGGUUUCAAGACUCCAGUUGAUGAACAUGGCAAACAAACCUUGAAUUGGACAAAGGAAAAACUUCUAUCAAUUGAUCCCAUUCAAAGGGUAUUUAGCUAUUCAAUUAUUGAUGGAAAUGUUGGAUUGCAUAACUAUGUUUCAACGAUUAAGGUACUGGAAAAAGAUGAUGGAUGUUUGAUUGAGUGGCUUUAUGAAGUUGAACCAGUUGAAGGGUGGAAAUUGGAGGAUCUUGAUCUUCUCAUUGGUUCUGGCUUGGAUGAGAUGGGUCAUAGAAUUCAAGGAGCUUUGAAAACCAUGCAAGAUGCACUUGUUGGACCUAGAAAUUAAUGUUAUAGAUCAUUGAUUACCAAAUAAAGAGCUUGAUUUCUAUUUGAACUCAAAUUCAGGUUGAAAUAAUCAUUGGUCUGCCUUUAUUUAAUCAUUGGUCAACCUUUAUCUCUCAGCUGAAUUCUAGUUAUAUUUAUAUAUACUAUAGUUUGGCCUUAUUUCACUAUGAAUCGGAGGACUAAAAGUAGUAUUGUUUUGUAUUUGUAUAAAAAAAUAAGCUUGAUUAAUUUUAAAGUGUUUAUGAUUCUAUUUCUUA